AUGGGGGGCAGGGGGGGAACAUCGGCGGUGUAUGUGUGGCUGGUGGUAUCGUCCAGGAAUCAUUUCAAUCCCCUCACCCUACGGGGUCUGGUUUCCGUGCUGUCGUACUGUCAGGGGUCCGGACUAGAUGGACAGCUACCGGUGGGCUGCCGCACCGCCACAUGUUGCAUGGUUGGGUCCGUGUCCGAUGUGUUUGGGGAGUUGAGGUCACGGCUUGUGGAUAGUCACACGCGCACGCAUGCACGCACGGCCGUUCGCUCCAGCCGCGACGGGUGUUCAAACUCUAGGGGGAGGUUAUGGUGGUCCGGGAACAGGCGAAAUGCUGUCGUAGGAAUGCGGAGGAAUGUCAGAGCUGGCGUAAUUCGGGUAGAGGACCCGCAGUGUCAAGCAAUGGUUUGGUUCGCACUCCAUGGGUUUUGGAGUACUGCUGAGGGUGUAUGGCACUCCAUGGGUUUUGGAGUACUGCUGAGGGUGUAUGGCACCAGAACCACCUACAGUAAUGAUGCCGACAGUAAUGAUGCCGACGGCGGAAAUGACACCAUGGGCAGGCAGCAUGCUGCGGUGUUAACCAGCGUAAGAAAAUAG